GGGCCUGUCGAGGCGCCGGGGCCUGGGGUGCUCGAGGUCUUUGGGGUCCGGGAGUGGGAGCUACCGGCCAAGACUCCAUUCUCGGGGGCUACAGGGCAGCGCGUGACCUUGUGGUCUGCGGAAGAACAGCCAUAACCAAACUGGGCUCCCGGCUUCACCUGGGGACCUGGAGGCGGCCGAUCUCCUUGGUCGUGACCCACUUGCGAUCUUUCCAUUAGCGUCGGCAAUCCUUCUUCCAGUUGCCCGCAGACCCCUUCAUUCAUUAGGUCACUCCGCCUUCGGUGGGGGAAGCUCGCGUCCCAGCGCAGGGACAGUCACGAGGACCAUGAUACUUCCACAGAGAAUGCAGAUGAGUCUAACCACGACCCUCAGUUCGAGCCAAUAGUUUCUCUUCCUGAGCAAGAAAUUAAAACGCUGGAGGAAGAUGAAGAGGAACUUUUUAAGAUGCGUGCAAAGCUGUUCCGGUUUGCUUCAGAGAAUGACCUCCCAGAAUGGAAGGAGCGAGGCACUGGAGAUGUCAAGCUUCUGAAGCAUAAGGAGAAAGGGACCAUCCGCCUUCUCAUGAGGAGGGACAAAACCUUAAAGAUUUGCGCCAACCACUAUAUCACACCAAUGAUGGAGCUGAAGCCGAAUGCUGGCAGUGACCGAGCCUGGGUCUGGAAUACCCACGCCGACUUUGCUGACGAGUGCCCCAAGCCUGAGCUGCUCGCCAUCCGCUUCCUAAAUGCUGAGAAUGCACAAAAGUUCAAAACAAAGUUUGAAGAAUGCAGGAAAGAAAUUGAAGAGAGAGAAAAGAAAGGACCAGGCAAAAAUGAUAAUGCCGAAAAGGUGGCUGAGAAGCUGGAAGCCCUUUCAGUGAGGGAGGCCAGAGAUGAGGCUGAAGAGAAGUCUGAGGAGAAGCAAUGAAUCACUCUGUCUUUUUCCUUUCCUUUCCUUUUUAAAAAUUUGCCCUACCCUUUAAGGUUUGUUUUUAUUCUGUUUUGUUUUUACAAGGGACUUUAUAAAGAACUGAAUUCCAACCUUCAGGUUGUUUUUUAAACUUUUUUUUUCCUUCAAGUUUUGACACCAUUGAACAUGACUUCAGAAAUCCAUUCCCCAGUCAUGAAAAUGUACUGUGCUAACUUUCUUUUCCAUAGUGGAAACACUUAUUUAUAGUCAUCAAAAAUAGUGAAUAAAAAAAUGCCUUUGAAAACCUGGA